AUGUGCGCGGACGACGCCGUCGGUUCGCGGCCCGUUCGUCGCGAGGUGAUAAAGGUCGCCGAGUCGACGGCGGUGAUCCAAAAGCCGCUCACCCGGUGCACCGGCCGCCGCCGUAGCGCACCGGAACGAAAACGCCACGCGACGGACGUUGCGGUCCGCAACGCGGUGUUCGGGGCGAGACGUUCCCGCGGGCGCAACGGAAAACGCCGGACGCCAAAAACAGUGGAUAUUGACGAAAGCGUUUUUUUAGGGGUGUGCAUGCGCUUUCGUUUUUCCCGUUGCGUCGUAAAACGAAAACCCGCGUUUGCGUCCGGCCGUGGCGGUUCUACCGAAACCGCGGGCGCGCACCCGGGGCAGUCUUGA